AUGGCUUCAAGCAGAUGGUUCUUGUUGUUCUUCAUCUUUGAGACUCUGAUGCCGUCGCAUCAUGGCAUCAGACAAUGUUUAAGAGGCGUCUCAAUGAAUGUGAUCCUCCUGGACGACGAGGAGUCUCCCUGGAGCUUGAAGUUUGUCCGAGGACAAAUACUGAAGGCCCUGGAGUCCGAGUCCGUGCAAGAAAACGCUGACUACAUUAAAUUCAAUCUGACGGUGAAAUUUAGUGGCUUCAACACAACCUACUAUCGACGAAGGGGCUGCCACAGUACUGCGUGUGAAGGAGUGGCCGAGUUAAAAAAUCUUAUUCAUUCACAUAGCCUGGGCUGCGCCGUGCUGGGCCCCACGUGCACGUAUGCCACUUUCCCCUUGGUCGAUGCUGAGAAGGGACUCAAAUUAAGCACACCCAUCAUCUCAGCCGGCAGCUUUGGACCCUCCUGUGACGACACGCUCAACCUGCAGCGUCUCCUGCCACCCGCGCGCAAAAUCUCUGACUUUUUUGUCCACUUCUGGAGCCAAAAUAACACCAUCAAGCCGGCGUGGGAGACAGCAUAUGUGUACAAGAUUGCGCCUAGCACGGAGGAAUGCUCUUGGUAUAUAAAUGCACUGGAAGCAGCCACACACACGUUUGCUCAGAAGGUAAAAAGAACAAUGCUGCGCAAACCAGAAGACCUCAAAGAAGUCCUGUCGUCUCACAGGAACAGGGCAAGCAACUUGUUCAUCAUGUGCGGCUCAGUGAAGGAUGUUGUGGAGGUGAAGAAUCUUACAGCAGAAGCGGAUAGCAGUGAGAUUCUCUUCAUCCUUAUCGAUCUCUUCAAUGAUCAAUACCACAUCAACACGACGUCUCAUCCGUCCAUGAAGAAUGUGUUGGUACUCACCAUGCCCAACACCAGGAACUACACCAUCAAUUCAGAUCCGGAAAGCAACAACACAGUAAGGACGAAGCAUGAAGAGUCUUUUUACAGCACUAAUUUGUUUGUCAUCUUUGUGCAGAUGAACGACUACAUGGCUGCGUACCACGACUCAGUGUUGCUGGUCAGUCGGGUGAUGAGGGAAAUACUUGAGAAACCUCACUCAGGGGCUCAUCGGAUCCCAUAUGUUACUGUGAAUUACCUUAGGAACAUCUCAUUUAAUGGCAUCGCAGGGAACUAUCGGCUCGACGAGCACGGUGACAGAGAUGUGAAUCUUUCUAUCAUUUACACAAGUAAUGAGAACGAGUAUCACAUCUUAUUCGAGUUUGACACGGAGUACAGCUUGACCAUGCUGGUUGAGGACCACCCCUCCUUUGUCUGGGGGGCAAGACUUCCGAAUUUCAGGCCGGAUGAAGGUAAAGCGUCACUCGACAUCGUCGUCAUCAUCUUGGCUGUGAUGGUGGUGGUGGCGGCCAUCAUCGCUUUCAUCUUCUACAGACAGAACAGGAGAGAUCGUCUCCUGAGGAAACAGUGGUCCAUCUCCCAUAUCCCCUCUGACCUUGUCACCCUGCUGGAGGAAAACUCUCUCAACCAAGUCUAUCUGAAGAUUGAAGAGAGGAAAAAGGUUUAUAAAAUCCGCCGCGCACUCUACGAUAAGAAGAUUGUCAUCCUGAAGGAGCUCAAUCACUCUGAUGGAAACUUCAAUGAGACACAGAAAGUGGAACUUCACGCGCUCCUGCAAAUUGACUACUACAACCUCACUAAAUUCUACGGCACAGUGAAGUUCGAUCAGGGUGUGUUUGGGGUGUUUGAGUAUGGUGAACGGGGAUCGCUUCGGUAUGUACUGAAUGACAAGGUGUCCUAUCCAGAGGAGACGUUCAUGGACUGGGAGUUCAAGAUCUCCGUCAUGUAUGACAUUGCCAAGGGCAUGUCCUACCUCCAUGCCAGUGACAUCCAGGUGCAUGGACGCCUCAAGUCCACCAACUGCGUGAUGGACAACCGCAUGGUGGUGAAGAUCACAGAUUUUGGCUGCAACUCUUUUCUCAAGCCUGGCAGAGACUUUUGGACGGCACCCGAGCACUUAAGGAAAGAGGGCACCUCACAGAAGGGAGACAUAUACAGUUUCGCCAUCAUUGCUCAUGAGAUCGUUCUCAGGAAAUCGACCUUCUACACUGAAUGCUGCUCCAACCGUGCAGAAAAGUUAUCCAGGGUCAUCAUGUCCUACUUCAGACCUGAUCUGGACUUGUACACAGCUUCAGAUAAAGAACUUGAGGUAUACAUGUUGAUAAAAAGUUGUUGGGAGGAGGAUGCUGAUAAAAGACCAGAUUUCAAGAAGGUGGAAAGCUGUUUGGGGAAAAUCAUCAGUAAAAUUCACAACAAAGACAAUGAGAGCUACAUGGAUAACAUGAUACGUCGGCUGCAGAUGUAUUCCAAAAACCUGGAGCAUUUGGUGGGGGAGAGAACGGCACUUUAUAACAUGGAGAGGGACAGAGCGGACCGCCUCAACUUCAUGCUUCUGCCACGCCCUGUGGUGAAGAGCCUGAAGGAGUCGGGUGUAGUGGAGCCCGAACUGUACGACGAGGUCACCAUUUACUUCAGCGACAUUGUGGGCUUCACCACACUGUGCCAAUACAGCACGCCCAUGGAGGUGGUCGACAUGCUCAAUGACAUUUACAAGGGGUUUGACAGCAUCCUGGACCACCAUGAUGUCUACAAGGUGGAGACAAUAGGUGAUGCCUAUAUGGUGGCGUCUGGUCUACCGAACCGUAAUGGCAACAGGCAUGCGGUAGAUAUCUGCCGCAUGGCCUUGGACAUUUUGGCCUUCAUGGGUACCUUCCAGCUCCGACACCUGCCUGGCAUCCCUGUGUGGAUACGCAUCGGCGUCCACUCAGGUCUGUGUGCAGCAGGCGUGGUCGGAGUAAAAAUGCCCAGAUAUUGUUUAUUCGGAGACACGGUCAACACGGCGUCUCAAAUGGAGUCUACGGGACACCCCCUGCGGAUCCACGUCAGUCAGCCCACUAUAAAUAUCCUGACGAGGACAGACUUCAAGUUUGAAUACGAGUACAGAGGUGAAACUUAUCUAAAGGGUAAAGGAACAAAAACAACCUACUGGUUGACUGGUGAGACAGGCGCAGACUACGACCUCCCAACUCCACCCACAACGGAGAACUUCCAACGGCUCCAGCAGGACCUCGCCCACAUGAUCUUGGCAUGUCUGCAGCAGCGUUCCCGAGGGUCCAUGCGCCGAAAGAGGCCAUUUCUCAGUCAGAGUACGGGUGAGGACAAGGAACCAGAAACAGAAGUGGAUCCCCCAGAAUACUUGCAUCUGGCCACAGUGGAUAACACCCUGAGCACCUUCCUGUAGGACAAAUGUAGACAUCAUAAGGGAAAGACCUUCAGAUAUUUAUGUACAAAAUUGAUCGUUUUUAUUUCAGUUAUGCACUCACCAGACACGACCUUAGGUACACACACCUAUAGCCAUCCAUUUUCAAUUGCAUUUGUCCUCAUUAAGAUGACAAGUGAGCUGGAGUUUAUCCCAUCUGAUUUUGGGGGAAAGGCAGACGACACUCCGGACUGGUCACCAGCCAAUCACAGCAGUUUGCAUUCUCCUGCAACCUGGACAAGUGGCAUGUAAAGUGUGUGUGUUUGGGGAUGUGGUGGUAAAUGGAUGGAGAGAAGGAAUGAAUAGAUGAAAAGGAGUAUGGAGGAGCAAGGAAGAAAAAUAAUGGAUGAAAAUUUUCCAUUUCGUUUUAAAACAUUCU